GCGUUUUCCAACCAAAGGGAACAUGUACUGGGAUCUGAAUGUGCCGACGGCGGCGAUUGCUGUGGACCAGCAGUCGCAUUACCUGGCGGAAGUGGCUCGAUUAGGAAUCGGUGGUAUCGCGCUGAACGUUGAGAGUGAUAUGACCACAGCGCCUCCAUCCUUGGAUGACGUCCAGCCGUGGGAAAUCAAACAGUCCAAGAAAACCAAGCCGCAAUUGCACGGCCUCAGGAUAGUCGAUGGAGGACACGCUCUGCCUUCGGCGCUCCCCGAUGGUCACGUCCGUCAACUUAAGCGCGUGACACUACAAUGCGAAGACAUGAAUGCAUUGCGGUCGUUGAACACCAACAAGAUUGUUCAAGCGUACGACAUCGUCGCGGUCGAAGCUCUAUCUGGCCGGGUCUUCCAGUACCUCUGCGAACACGCAGACGUCGAUCUCAUCUCGUUUGACAUGACGUGCCGCCUUCCGUUUCAGCUGCGCAAGCCAAUGGUCGACUUGGCCAUCAAGCGCGGCAUCUACUUCGAAGUGAAAUACAUGCAAGCCCUGGGCGGUACGCUCCGUGGAAAGGUCGCAUGCCGCCUCAUUCAUUUCCAGACUCGAGCAGCCGGCGCUACUUCUUCUCCAAUGCCAGCAGCCUCAUCCGUGUGACCAAAGGACGAAAUUUGGUCUUUUCGAGCAGUGCCGUGCGGCACAUGCUGCUACGUUCCCCAUACGAUAUCAUUAAUAUUGGCAUGCUGAUGGGUCUACAGUACGCGGAAGCAAGGGAGGCUGUGGGCAGUGCCGCCGCCGCCGUCAUCGCGCAUGGAGACGCUCGACGAACGCGCGGCACGAUGGAGGUCCGAACAGCUACAGAUGCAGGAGAUGUCGACAUGGAGCAAUUGUAGUUGUGUUUUAGAAAUUGCCAUUCAUGGCGUCAUCCUUCAAGUCUUCCUUAGUUUCGUCA